CAAGAGCAUUUUAUAAAACGGUGGGUUUGUCAUCAAUACCAGCUAACAGAGUAUACGCAAUCAACCGACUGGAUUAUCAAUACUGUGGAAAAUGGGCAUAGCCGAUGAGGCUGAUAAGACUCUGUUUGUAGGUAAUUUGGACCUUCAAGUAACAGAAGAACUUAUAUUCGAGCUGUUUUUACAGGCUGGGCCAUUAAUCAAAGUCAAAAUACCUAAAGACAAUGAUGGAAAAUCAAAACAGUUUGCAUUUGUGAAUUUCAAGCAUGAAGUCUCUGUGCCCUAUGCCUUGAACUUGCUGAAUGGAGUCCGGCUGUUUGGAAGACAGCUCAACAUAAAGUUCAGAGCCGGCAGCAGUCAUAUUAAUCAAGAGGGCAAAAGUCCAGCAAACUCUCAAAAUCCCAGUCCAGCAAGUACACCGGGUCACCGUGGUGGAAGAACCCCGGAGCAGAUGGGCUCUCCGUCCUACUCACCUCCGCAGCAUCUGCAAAGGACUUUCUCUUCACCUGACAGUCUGCAGAGACAGGCAAUGAUGAACAGUAUGUGGCAACUUCAGAUGCAACAGCAACAGAUUCAGCAGUUGCACCAACUGAGCAUGCAGCAACUCCAGCAGCAGCAGCUAAGGGGUGGUGGAGUAGGUGGAGACAGUAACCACUGGCAACAGAAUUGGUCUGCCCAGCAUGGUCAUCGCCACUCCCACCAGGACAAUAACAUCCAUCAUGGCAGAGAUCAACGGCACAGCAAUAGUGGGAGCAACCACGACCGCCAUCGACAUGAUAGCCAGCGGGGUGACUUCUAUCACCAUGAUGACCAUAGUGGAGAACGCAAUAGAAAUUACACUCCCGAAAGGCGUAGAGACUCCAGAGACGGCUCUAGAGACGGACGAUGGAAGCAAUUUUAAAAAAUAACUUAUGGAUUUUAGAUCUCUUUUUAUAUUAAUUAUUUUUAUGAACUUGUUUUUCCUCCAUGAUUUUUAAAUGACGUUUUGGAUUAUUGCAUCCUACCUUACAGACCUCCGUUAACAAAAAAAUAUAAUAAUUUUGCAGUACAACUUUUGGGGGGAAAAAAUAAAAUACCAGCAUUUGUCAAAAUGAGGUUAAACCAUUUAUAUCUAGAAAAGAAAUGCUUUGCAAAGGUAUAGAACAAAUAAGUGGCCAUGUUGUGUGCUGGCCUUUUAUGUUUUGAUCUGCAGGCACUUGAGUUUGUGUAUAUUUUGUAUUUCCUUAUUAGGAAAUAUUUCUGUAUAAUGCCAGAAUGGAUCUGGUAUCUCAAAAGAAAAGUGAAGAGAAGGUAAAAGUGGUAUGGUAGAAAUUCAUCUAGAAAACUGAUUUCCAUUUGUAAUUUCUCAGGAAUAGUAAAUGGUAAAAAAAAAAAAAAAAUGUAAACUAGUUUGUAGGUCAAUUUCUGUCUUGAUAUAAUGCUUUUUGAUGGUGUUUUUUUUUAUUUUUUAUUUUUUUUUUAUUUUACUCCUUUUUAAUUUUACUCAGAGAAUGUUAAGAUUUUAACAAUCAAACUCCUCAUGACAGUCUCUGAAAUUCUUGGAACAAUAACUACUUUUAAAACUUUUGUAAAUACAGCAGCAUUUUUAUUGUCAAGUGCAACACCCUGAUUUUCAUAAAAGUCAGAGUUUACUGA